AUGAAAAAAACAUACCAAGACUUUAAAGUGUCAGAGUGUGGACUGUACGUGAAAGGAGACACUCCAUACCUUGGUGCAAGUCCUGACGGAAUCGUCACCUACAUUUCACAGGGCCAGAUGGAAACUGGUGUUCUGGAAAUUAAGUGUCCAGCAUCGGACAGAUGGAGAAAUCUGCACCCAACAGACUGUGCAAAAGAUCCAGAUUUCUGUUGUGUGUCGAACCCAGUAACUGGUUUGUGUCAUUUAAAGAUCGGUCACAAGUAUUAUUACCAGGUUCAGGGCCAGAUGGCACUGACCGGCAUGAAAUGGUGCGAUUUUGUGAUCUGGACAUUAGGUGGCAUGUCGGUUGAAAGAAUAGAAUUCAAUGAGGAAUGUUGGUUGGGCAUGUUAGUUAAACUCAAGGACUUUUACCAGCAUGCUGUUUUACCUGAACUGUUCUCAAGAAGGGUACAACGUGGAUUGAAACUUUAUUAG